AUGGCCGACGACAACACCCAGCCCCCAUAUGACACCAUCGUAACGCAGAUCGUGGACUACGUUUAUGACUUCAAAAAUCCCCGUCCAAUUGCUUACACGCGGGCCAAAGUCACCCUUCUCGAUGCGCUGGGGGCUGCCUUCGAAGGCCUAGCCACCAGUGCCGAGUGUGGCCAGUUGAUCGGUCCGAUAUGGCCGUCCCCAGACCAGGUGCCCAAUGGCUUCAGACUUCCCGGGACCAACUACCAGCUGGAUGUGCUGAAAGGAGCCUUUGAUCUGGGGCUGAUGAUCCGGUAUCUUGAUCACAACGAUGCAUUUCCGGGGGCAGAAUGGGGACAUCCAUCGGACAAUCUCGGUGCUAUCAUAGCGACCGCUGACAUUCUCACUCGACAAGCUAUUGCCAACAACCAGGCAGACCAAGUUCUCACGAUGAAACAUGUCCUGAUGGCACUGAUCAAAGCUUACGAGAUCCAGGGCUGUUUCCAGAUCCACAACGCCUUCAACAAGGUGGGACUGGAUCACGUCAUCCUAGUCAAGGUCGCGUCGACGGCCGUAGUAUCCUGGUUGCUGGGUCUCAACCGAGAACAAGCAUUCGCGGCCGUCUCGCAUGCCUGGCUGGACGGUCAUCCGCUGCGGGUGUAUCGCCAGGCGCCAAAUGCCGGGCCUCGGAAAGGAUGGGCCGGGGGUGAUGCCUGCAUGCGAGCAGUGCAUCUAGCGCUCCUGGUGCAGAAGGGUCAGCCGGGGGUGAAAUCGGUGCUAACGACGCCGCGGUGGGGGUUCUACGACGUGCUCUUCCAUGGGAAGCAGUUUGAUCUGCCGCGUCCGUUCGGGAGCUGGGUUGUGGAAAAUGUACUGUUCAAAGUAAGCACUGCCGAGGGGCAUGGGUUAACGGCAGUGGAAGCGGCAUUGAUUGUGGCAGGGGACCUGAAGCGACGAGGCCGAAGCCCCGAGGAGAUUGCCGGAAUCCGAGUUCGCACGCAAGAGGCCGCGAUGAUCAUCAUCAACAAGCAAGGCCCACUGCAUAAUGCGGCGGAUCGCGAUCACUGCUUGAAAUACAUGGUCGCAGUGGUGUUACUCAAGGGUGCUCCUAUCGACACCGCUGAUUAUCAGGACUCAAGUCCCUGGGCGAGUGACCCUCGGGUGGACGCGCUGCGGAACAAGAUCACCCUCCAUGAGGAUCUGCAGAUGACGAGGGAUUACCACAACCCGGAGAUUCGGAGUCUAGCCAAUGCGAUUUGCGUCACGCUGGAGGACGGGACCCAGCUGGCGGAGGUGGUGGUAGAUUUCCCGGUCGGUCAUGUCCGUCGCGAGGAGACAAAGGCGGCCGUGAAGGAAAAGACGAGGAGAAAUCUGGCGUUGAAGCUUCCAAAGGAGAGGGUCGAGAGAAUUCUGUCUUUGGCAGAGGAAGAGGAGUUUUUGUCUUUGCCUGUUCAUGCUUUUGUGGAUAUGUUUAUUCCUUGA